GAUCGAGGAGGUAGAGAGAGAAGAGGAAACUGCGUGCUAGGGAGAGAGGAGAGAGGGGAGGGGAGCGGUCGGGCGGCCAUGGGGCACCACUGCUGCAGCAAGCAGAAGGUGAAGCGCGGGCUGUGGUCGCCGGAGGAGGACGAGAAGCUGGUCAAGUACAUCACCGCCCACGGCCACAGCUGCUGGAGCGCCGUCCCCAAGCACGCCGGGCUGCAGCGGUGCGGCAAGAGCUGCCGGCUCCGGUGGAUCAACUACCUCCGGCCGGACCUCAAGCGCGGCACCUUCUCCGAGCAGGAGGAGCGCACCAUCAUCGACGCCCAUCGCAUCCUCGGCAACCGGUGGGCCCAGAUCGCGAAGCACCUGCCCGGGCGCACGGACAACGAGGUCAAGAACUUCUGGAACUCGUGCAUCAAGAAGAAGCUCAUCGCGCAGGGCCUGGACCCCAAGACUCACAACCUCCUGCCGGCCUCCAGGUCGUCUCUCCUCCACGGCAACGGGGCAAACCCUAGCAAUCCUGCCCAGUUCCACUCCAAUGGCGCCACCGCCAACGGCGGAGCAACCACGCCGUUCACCAUCAGCUCCCCGACCAAGGCCGCCUACGACACCGUCGCAGCCCCGCCGCCGCCGGAGAUGGCGCCGGCAAUGUACGACGUCCCUAACUCGGCCGGCAUGCUCAUGGGGCAUGACCAGGCGGCGGCCGCGGCGAUUCCGGGAUACCCCUACCCCGACAACGGCUGUGGUGUGCUGAUGAGCUUCAGGGAUCAGAAUGCCGCAGGUCUCCAGACCUCCAUGGACUUCAUGAACGGCUCCUCGUCGUCGUCCUCCAUGGAUCACGUCGGCGGCAUGCCUAAUGGCAACGGCUUUAGCCAAGGCAUGGGUGCCGCCUUCGUGGACGUGACGGCAGGAAUGUGGACCACCGCCGUCGAGUUGGGUAUGUGUGCAGGGACAGAGGUGGGCCAGCAGCAGUCGUCGCUGCCGCUGCCACCACAGGGGCUGGUGCAGGGGGAAGUGGUCGGCCGGCCGACGAUGCUGAACGGUGGUGGUGCAGCUGCUGAUAAGGGCAUGGACAUGAUGGACGUCUCCUCGGUGUACGGCGGCGCCGGCGCAACGGCGUUCGAUCUGGAGCUGAUGGAGUCGUGCGGGUUGUUCUGCGGAGGCGGGGGCGGCGCCGGCAACGCCAUGGAGCAGCUGCAAUGGGACUGCUAAGCUCACUAUCGUCCUCACCCCUAAGUAGUUGCUGUCUUCCAUGCUUUUAAUUCGAUGCCUUCUUUCCUAUUUGAUGUUCGGUUUCCUGGGUUCUUGAUUCAGAUCGUCCUUUUCAAGCAAGAAAUGCAUGCUGAGCUGAGUGACGAACUCGAUCUAAUUCAGAUUUCAAAUAAAGUUUAUCUGAAAAUUCAUCUUGA